AUGGAGGGAGGCACAGGCGAGCCAAAUGCCUCGCCUCCACCCCCAACACCUCUGUUCAUGGACUAUGAAAUGGCAACCCAGAUGCCAUCAGCUAUGCUGGAGCCACAAUGCCCAAACAAACAACUCGACUUUGAGCUUGGAAAAAACGCCGGCAUCGCCCUACAAGCCCGGUCCAAAAAAGAAAAAGAGGAAGACAAGGAGAUACUGGACUUCCUCAACCUACUGGACAAGAAGUUCUCCUCUAUGAAACAGAAAAGCCUUCCCAGGGCCUCCUCUUUUGGCAAGGGCCUCCAGACCUUCGUGCACAACUACUUCACCCAACCCAGUGCAAAUGCAAAUAACCAAGGCCACACAGCCAACCCAGCCCCAGCUAGCCCCCCAAAACAUAUGCAAACGCUAUCCCCGCGCCCAAACCGAACAACACUACUGAAAAAAAAAUCCUGUGGUCUCAGCCCCUAA